ACCGGGGGAAACCAGGGGUGCGCUUUCCUGACCUACUGCGCCCGAGACUCCGCUAUCAAAGCUCAGACUGCCUUGCACGAACAGAAGACGCUUCCAGGGAUGGCCCGGCCGAUCCAGGUGAAACCUGCUGACAGCGAGAGCCGUGGAGGAGACCGGAAGCUCUUCGUGGGCAUGUUGAAUAAACAGCAGUCAGAAGAAGACAUUCUCUGCCUCUUUGAACCUUUUGGGGUCAUCGACGAAUGCACAGUGCUCAGAGGUCCAGACGGAAACAGCAAAGGUUGUGCCUUUGUUAAGUUUUCCUCGCACAACGAAGCCCAAGCAGCCAUCCAUGCUCUCCACGGCAGCCAAACCAUGCCCGGUGCUUCUUCCAGCCUCGUGGUGAAGUUCGCGGACACAGACAAGGAGCGGACGCUGCGACGAGUGCAGCAGAUGGUGGGGCAGCUUGGCAUCCUCACCCCGUCUUUCGCCUUGCCCUUCAGCCCGUACAGCGCCUACGCUCAGGCGCUGAUGCAGCAGCAGACGGUCCUGUCGGCUUCCCAGGGUAGCUUUCUCAGCCCCAGCCUCACUUUCUCGCCAUGCCACAUCCAGCAGAUUGGCACCGUCAGCUUGAACGGCCUGCCCGCUGCUCCAAUCACACCAACCUCAGGGUUACACUCACCUCCUCUGCUGGGCACAGCUGCUGUCCCAGGACUGGUCACCCCCAUCAGCAACAGCUUUGCAGGAAUGGUGGCCAUUCCCAGCAGCCACCCGGCCCUGGAGACGGUUUAUGCAAAUGGGCUGGUCCCCUGCACAGCAGACGUGGGAAAUGUAUUCACCUCCCUCUCCUUCCUUCCCCGCUUUGCAGCUGUCUAUCCUGCCACCGCCAUCACCCCAGUCGCCCAGGCCAUCCCUCAGCCUCUUCCUAUAAUUCAGCAGCAACAGCGAGAAGGUCCAGAAGGCUGCAAUCUCUUCAUCUACCACCUGCCUCAAGAGUUCGGAGACAAUGAACUGAUGCAAAUGUUUCUUCCGUUUGGGAAUAUCAUUUCCUCCAAAGUGUUUAUGGAUCGGGCCACAAACCAGAGCAAAUGUUUCGCUGCCAGCUGA